AAAUAAAAGUUAAAAGUGCUCCAAAAAAAAUCCGAUAUUUCCCCACAAAACCUAACAUCACACAACCACCGAGGGCGCCGCUGCUUGUGACCUCUGCUGUUACCUAAAGAGAGGGAGCUACUGGACGACGAACUCGACGUCGCUGCUUGUGAAAACCUGCUGGGCGACAAGAAGAAGGCGACGCUUCUCACUCCAGGAAGCCGCUCUUGCCCUCUGAAAUCAGACUUCGUUGCUGGAGCUACCUGUGAACACCCUCGUUGCAGAAGAUCUUCGUUGCUGGAGCUACCUGUGAAAACCUUCGUCGCUGGAACUACCUCUGAAAUCGCUGCUUCUCCUUGGCGAUCUCUUUUCGGUACUCCCAUUCUACCCCUGAAGCACUCUGAAAUCGCUGCUUGGCGAUCGCUGGACGACGACGAGAAGAAGGUGACGUUCAACAGUCGACCCUGAUCUUCCCUUCAGGUAGAUUGUAAUCAACAUGGAUGACAGCUUAUAUGAUGAGUUUGGGAACUAUAUUGGACCAGAUAUAGAAUCUGAUAGAGACUCUGAUGUUGGUGAGGAAGAUGAGGACCUACCUGACAAAGCUGAUGAGGAAGCACCAACCUCAGAUGAUGAGAACACAGCUGCUGCUUCAGCUGGAUGGAUACAAUCUACUAAUGAUGUUGACAUGGAUAACCAGGUUGUGCUUGCUGAAGACAAGAAGUAUUACCCUACAGCAGAAGAGGUAUUUGGUGACGAUGUUGAGGCCCUUGUGAUGGAUGAAGAUGAGCAGCCCCUUGAACAACCAAUUAUAAAGCCUGUCAAGAAUAUUAAAUUUGAGUUGGGUGUGAAGGAUUCUUCUACCUAUGUAGAUACAAAAUUCCUUCUGGGUCUUAUGUCAAACCCCUUGCUGGUUAGGAAUGUUGCCCUUGUCGGGCACCUCCAGCAUGGUAAAACAGUUUUCAUGGACAUGCUGAUCGAGCAAACCCAUCACAUCGCAACAUUUGAUCCAAAUAGCGAGAAGCACAUGAGAUACACUGACACGAGGAUAGAUGAGCAAGAGAGGAGGAUCUCAAUCAAGGCAGUGCCCAUGUCUCUUGUGCUUGAGGAUAGCAAUGCAAAAUCCUACUUAUGUAAUAUUAUGGACACUCCUGGCCAUGUCAAUUUCUCUGAUGAAAUGACUGCUGCUCUUAGACUUGCUGAUGGUGCUGUAUUGAUUGUAGAUGCUGCUGAAGGAGUAAUGGUAAACACAGAGAGGGCCAUACGCCAUGCAAUUCAAGAACGACUUCCAAUUGUAGUUGUGAUCAAUAAGGUUGACAGGUUGAUUACAGAAUUAAAAUUGCCCCCAAAGGAUGCUUACCAUAAGAUAAGGCAUACAAUAGAAGUCAUCAACAACCACAUAUCUGCCGUCUCUUCUACUGCAGGAGGUGUACAAACCAUUGAUCCAGCUGCCGGGAAUGUUUGCUUUGCAAGUUCAAGUGCUGGUUGGUCCUUCACUUUGCAAUCAUUUGCUAAACUUUAUUCUAAGCUUCAUGGGAUCCCAUUCGAUGCUUCUAAAUUUGCUAGCCGCCUUUGGGGAGACAUGUACUAUCAUCCUGAUGCUAGGGUUUUCAGGAGGAAGCCCCCUGCUAGUGGGGGGGAAAGAUCAUUUGUGCAGUUUAUCCUGGAGCCACUCUAUAAAAUCUAUAGCCAAGUAAUUGGAGAACAUAAGAAGAGUGUGGAGUCAACUCUUGCUGAACUUGGUGUCACACUUAGUAAUGCAGCCUACCAGUUGAAUGUUAGACCCUUGCUAAGGUUGGCUUGUAGCUCAGUUUUUGGAACUGCAACAGGGUUUACAGAUAUGCUAGUUAAUCACAUCCCAUCAGCCAAGGAUGCUGCUGCUAAGAAGGUGGAACAUAUAUAUACAGGACCCAAAGACUCGUCGGUUUACGAGGCCAUGGAAAACUGUGAACCUUAUGGUCCUCUUAUGAUCAAUGUCACAAAACUUUAUCCUAAGUCUGAUUGCAGUGUAUUUGAUGCUUUUGGUAGAGUCUACAGUGGUGAGAUACAGACUGGACAGACUGUACGUGUAUUAGGUGAAGGUUACUCACCAGAUGAUGAAGAGGACAUGACUAUAAAAGAAGUAACAAAGUUAUGGGUUUAUCAAUCUCGUUACAGGAUACCCAUAAGCAAGGCUCCUCCUGGAUCUUGGGUUCUCAUUGAAGGUGUGGAUGCUUCAAUUAUGAAGACUGCUACACUUUGCAAUGUGGACUAUGAUGAGGAUGUGUACAUAUUCCGGCCUCUAAAGUUCAAUACUCUCCCUGUUGUCAAGACGGCAACUGAACCUUUGAAUCCAAGUGAGUUACCCAAGAUGGUGGAAGGUCUUAGGAAGAUCAGUAAGAGUUAUCCUUUGGCAAUUACGAAGGUUGAGGAGUCUGGUGAACAUACCAUUUUGGGUACUGGAGAGUUAUAUUUGGACUCUAUAAUGAAGGACCUUAGGGAGCUAUAUUCUGAAGUAGAAGUUAAGGUUGCAGAUCCUGUUGUUUCGUUCUGUGAGACAGUGGUGGAGUCUUCAUCAAUGAAAUGUUUUGCUGAAACACCAAACAAAAAGAACAAAAUAACCAUGAUUGCAGAGCCCCUGGAAAAGGGACUUGCAGAGGAUAUUGAAAAUGGUGUUGUAAGCAUUGAUUGGCCUAAAAAGAAACUUGGUGAUUUCUUCCAAACAAAAUAUGAUUGGGAUCUGCUAGCAGCACGGUCUAUUUGGGCAUUUGGGCCUGAUAAGCAGGGACCUAACAUUUUAUUAGAUGAUACUCUUCCAAGUGAAGUUGACAAAAAUUUGCUAAAUGCCGUCAAGGAUUCCAUUGUUCAAGGGUUCCAGUGGGGUGCUCGAGAAGGGCCACUUUGCGAUGAGCCCAUUAGAAAUGUAAAAUUCAAGAUUGUUGAUGCAAGGAUUGCUCCUGAGCCUUUGCAUCGGGGCACUGGUCAGAUCAUUCCAACUGCUCGACGGGUGGCUUAUUCAGCAUUCCUCAUGGCAACUCCAAGGCUCAUGGAACCUGUAUACUAUGUAGAGAUCCAAACCCCAAUAGACUGUGUAUCUGCAAUCUACACAGUGUUAUCUCGUAGGCGUGGACAUGUUACGGCUGACGUUCCUCAACCAGGAACUCCUGCUUACAUCGUCAAGGCAUUUUUACCGGUGAUAGAAUCAUUUGGGUUUGAGACAGACUUGAGGUACCAUACUCAAGGACAAGCAUUUUCCCUCUCUGCAUUUGACCAUUGGGCUAUAGUUCCUGGGGAUCCCCUUGACAAAAGCAUAGUCCUGCGGCCCCUUGAACCUGCACCAAUUCAGCACCUUGCACGAGAAUUCAUGGUGAAGACAAGACGUCGGAAGGGAAUGAGUGAAGAUGUUAGCAUAAAUAAGUUUUUUGAUGAAGCUAUGGUGGUGGAGCUGGCUCAGCAGGCAGCUGAGCUUCAUCAGCAGAUGAUAUGAAUAGCAAGUUAGGAUGGAGACGGAUGAAGCUAUGGUGUUUGAUCUGGCUCUGCAUGCAGAUGAGCUUUGUCAAGGAUUAGUUGUAGGGGCUCAGGGGAUGAUCUGUUUCAUUGUAUGUUUCAAGUGACGGUAAUUGCCGAAUGCCUUUUUGUUUUCAACUGAAAACUUGGCUCUGCAGGAUCCACCCACUCAUUAAACCUACCAUAUUGUUUUUGUUUCUCCUAGGUUUUUUGAGUCUGAGAUUGGAUACUGUUAAGAUUGGCAUGUUCAUAGUGGAAACUCCAUACAGCAGCAUCAUACUUUGAAGUCAUGUGCUUGCAUGUUCGUAGUGGAAACUCCACUUAUAAGAUUGGCAUGUUCGUAAAAGAUGCAACAUACAGCAGCAUAUGGAGUUAGCCAUGUACAAUCUUAACAGCAAUAUGGAGUUAACAAUGAUUAGACAUAUUCUCUCUGCGGAUUAGGCAUAUUCUCUCUGGAAGCCGACUGGUUAGGUCCCUUUAGCUGAAUAAUCUCUGGGAUUCUCUCUAGAAUGACACAUUGUUUGGAUUAGCCAUGUACAAUCAUAACUGUUUCAACAGUUGUAGCAGGUUAGGUUUGCUUUCCGUUACUUCAGUCAACGAUAGUGAUAAACUGUGAUUUGUUUUGAUAUGGAGUUUAUGGACAGAUUCUGGGAUA